AAGAAAAAAGAAAAAGAAAAAUAUAUCAUUGCUUAUUCGUCAUUUUUGGACGGUGGGUGGGGGCUUCUUCAUUCCCACUAAUUUGGAACCAUGGCGACCUUUUUUUUUUUUUUUUUGAACGUCUCCUCUUUUUGCUCUCCUUGCUCGACCCUCUUCCUUCACUCCACGUGAAGACGGAAGUGGGUGACGUCCCUCCACACGCAGCUGCUCCGUGGUGCUCGACUACGGAGCGACUGACGUGAAUUUCGAACGACAUCACACGUCGUACGACUGGCGACGACCCGAGUCCUCGUUACACUUUGUGACGACAAGAGAAGCACCGUGCGCGGCGACCACCGGACGCCGAGGAAGAGGCGAGGCGGACGGCUACGUUUGUGUCGGUUGGUCGGUCCACCGGUUCCGGACGCAGGUUCGGGAGUAAUUGGAUAUUAAUCGAGGGUCUCCGUGGGAAAUAAAGGGCGUUGCAGUCCCAAACCAUCAUGCCCGUUGAUCCGGCGUCAAGACAGGAAGCGAGCGUUUGAGCGUCCCCUUCGUCCCUUCCCCGGGCCUUCGUGGCUUCUGCUGGGAUGAACAUGCCACUGCACCAAAUCUCUGUCAUCCCUCGCGAUGUCACCUCGUCGCGGCUGUCGGGCGGCGGCGGCGGAGCGGGCAAAGCUAAGGAUAAAGACAAACAGAAUGAAAAGCCUCUGGGUCACUCGGCGAGCAGAUCCAGCAAUAUAUCAAAGGCCGGCAGUCCCACUUCAGUCAACGCCCCGUGCAGCUUCUCAAGAACAUCGGUUUCUCCCUCCAGCCAAGACAUCUGCAGCGGUGCAGAUGAGGAGCGUCAGAAGCAGACCGCAGUGGUUCUCUUGGCCCCUAACGGUAAAAGCUCGGAAGGUUGCGGCGGUGUCACGGUGCCCCCCGUCUGCACGGACUCGCCGCCCGCCUCCAAACAGCGGGAUUGGCUCUCUCUGCUGCGGCCCACCUUGGGCAGCGCGCGCCCCCCGGGCCGUCAACCCCACGGCCCGCUCCGUUUCUCUGUAUCGCUCAACGACGUGGGCCAGCGCGUGGACGGCCUCUGUCGCGGCCUGCACUUUAUCGACCGCACCUGCUCCGAGGGCGAACUGGAGACCAAGGCCGGGGACGCCGCCCAGCCUCGGGGCGGCUCCGAAACCACGCAGGCGGUUGGCGGAGUGAACGGCGGUCCCGAUCCGGGUCGGGUCUUCUCGGCGCACCCCCACCUGGUCCCUUCUUUCACGAACAACGACAAGUACAUGCUGGGCCCUUCCGUCCCUCCUCCAGCUCCCCCCUCUGCUCCUGAUUACCCCCACCCCUCGCCCAGCGUCAAUUUCCUACGCCUCCUCCUCCCCUUCUCCCGAUCGUCAACCUCGUCGAGCCUGCCAAAGUCCUCCAGCGCCAUCAUGGAAGGCAGCGAGUUGGAGUUUGCGGCCGACGAGAUGGCCAAGGGCGUUCGUUUGGCGCCGCUUUGCUACAUGGACGAGGACAGCGACCUGGACCGCUGCCCGUCCCCUCUGUCGGCGAAAACGGAACCGCUGUCGCCCUUUUCGUUGUCGGGCGACUGCUGCAGGAUCUGUCACUGUGAAGGCGACGACGAGAGCCCUCUGAUCACGCCGUGCCACUGCACGGGCAGCCUGCGCUUCGUACAUCAGUCGUGUCUGCAGCAGUGGAUCAAGAGCUCGGACACGCGCUGCUGCGAGCUCUGCAAGUACGAGUUCAUCAUGGAGACCAAGCUCAAGCCUCUGCGCAAGUGGGAGAAGCUACAGAUGACGGCGAGCGAGCGGCGUAAGAUCAUGUGCUCAGUCACCUUCCAUGUUAUCGCCAUCACGUGCGUGGUGUGGUCACUCUACGUGCUCAUUGACAGGACGGCGGACGAAAUCAAACAAGCCCGAAGUAUUCCAGGCAUUAUGGAGUGGCCCUUCUGGACCAAGCUGGUAGUGGUGGCCAUCGGCUUCACGGGUGGCCUGGUGUUCAUGUAUGUGCAGUGCAAGGUCUACGUCCACCUGUGGAGGAGACUCAAGGCCUACAACCGCGUCAUCUACGUGCAGAACCGGCCGGACACGUGUAAAAAACUGGCUCUGGAGAAGCCGCCGCUCUUGGAGCCCAGCGUGGAACACAAGGACACGCUUGCUCCCGCCCAUUCCGACACAAACUCCUCGCACUAUACGGAGACGGAGGACUACAGUAUGGAGGUGCUCCACGUGUGACGUGCAGGUAUCGAACAGAGAACUCAGUUGAUCAUCCAACGAUUGAUCCACAGAGAGGGACGGUGGAGCCGAGUUGUUGCCUCUUUUGCUGUCAGGAUGCUGGUUUUAGGGACCUAAAAUAAGACAUCCCCCCCACCACACGCGCGCACAUACAUUCUCACACACACACACACACACACACACACACACACACACACACACUCAGUCAGUCCAAUAAAUUGAGUGACAGGAGAUUAUCGGAACGUUAUUCCUCAAAGGUACCACAUUUAGAUAGAAAACAAGAAUACACCACCGUAGUUCAAGGACAUUGUGCCAUGUAUUUAUUUAUUUAUUUUAUAUCCCCGCAAAGUGCUCACA